GGGGCGGGGAGCGGGAGCAGCGGCGGCGGCGGCGGCGGCGGGGCCGGAGACGACGGCGGAGCCCGGCGGCCAGCGGGAAGUUGACGCACCAGCCUAAGAAUAGCUCGGGCAGGGGCAGCGUGGAAAGUGUUGUCGGAGCUGCUGAUGAAAUCGCAGCCCGGAGCGGAGGAGUCUUUGGACCUUCCCAUGCUCGGGACCUUUGACUCAUAAAAGGCUCCUUCAAAAAGCGUCGGGAGCAGAAGAGGAGGAGGAAGAGGAGCCGGAGAAGGAAAGGAGGAGGUGUUGGAAGGAGCAGAGCCCGUCCCGGAGCGUGGCCAGCUGCGGGGGGACAGAGGAAGUCGCUGCAUGUGGAGUUUUCGGACAAAAUGCUCUCUCUGAAGAAAUACUUCACGGAAGGCCUGAUCCAGUUCACCAUCCUGCUCAGCCUCCUCGGCGUGCGCCUGGACGUGGACACCUACCUGAACUCCCAACUCCCUCCCCUGCGGGAGAUCAUCCUGGGCCAGAGCUCUGCCUACACCCAGACCCAGUUCCACAACCUGCGCAACACCUUGGACGGAUAUGGCAUCCACCCCAAAAGCGUCCAGCUGGACUCUUAUUUCAGCGCCCGCCGCCUGCUCAGCCAGGUGAGGGCUCUGGACAGGCUGCAGGUGCCCAGCACCGAGGUCAGUGCCUGGUUGGUGCACAGAGAUCCCGAAGGAUCCGUGUCCGGAGGGCAGCAGGACGCCGGAGCAGGUGAUGGAGGAGUGAGGGAGAGCGGAGCUGAGCAGGGUUUUGGGGAAGAGCUGGAGGAUUUAGGAGCUGUGGCGGCACCUGUCAAUGGAGAUCUCACCAAAGAGGACAUCGAUUUGAUUGACAUCCUGUGGAGACAGGAUAUUGAUCUCGGCGCUGGGCGAGAGAUUUUUGACUACAGCCACCGUCAGAAAGAGAGCGAAGUGGACAAAGAGCUGAGCGAUGGGAGGGAGCGCGGGGACAGCUGGAGGAGUGCAGGGAAUGAGGUCUUGGAUAGAAUCCCGCUAGUUGAUGGAGAGACCGGGGAGAGUUUCCCUGCGCAGGUGCCCGGUGCGGAGGAUCAGACAGCGCUGUCCCUGGAGGAGUGCCUUAGGCUGCUGGAGGCCACCUUCCCUUUCGGGGACAAUUCCGAGUUCCCAGCUGCGGAUGUCUCCGCCCUGAGCGAGGCCGUGCCGGGGCAGAGCCGGGCUCCGGGCGGCCCCCCCAGCCUGCUGUCCCCUCUCCUGGCCGAGACCGAGUCCCCCUUCGACCUGGAGCAGCAGUGGCAGGACCUGAUGUCCAUCAUGGAGAUGCAGGCCAUGGAGGUGAACGGCACCGGCGCCGAGAGCCUCUACGGCGGCACCGGCGGCGACCUGCUGGCGUCCAACUACAGCCUGGCCCCCGGCACGCCCAUCAACCAGAACGUCAGCCUGCAUCAGGCCUCGCUGGGAGGCUGCUCCCAGGACUUCUCCCUCUUCAGCUCGGACAUGGAGAGCCCCUCCAUGGCGGGCGGCUCGGCCCUGCUGCAGCUGGCGCCCGACAACUCCACCGGCCUCAACAGCACCUUCGGCUCCACCAACCUGAGCGGGAUCUUCUUCCCGCCCCAGAUGAACGGCACGGGCAACGAGACGGCCGGGCCCGAGCUGCCCGACCCCCUGGGAGGGCUCCUGGACGAGGCCAUGCUGGAUGAGAUCAGCCUGAUGGACUUGGCCAUCGAGGAGGGCUUCAACCCCGUGCAGGCCUCGCAGCUGGAAGAGGAGUUCGAUUCCGACUCAGGUCUUUCCCUGGAUUCCGGCCACAGCCCCGCGUCCCUGAGCAGCUCCGAAGCCUCGUCCUCCUCCUCCUCGUCCUCUUCGUCCUCUUCCUCCUCCUCGUUUUCCGAGGAAGGCGCCGUGGGCUACAGCUCGGACUCGGAGAACGUGGACUUUGAGGAAGCGGAAGGGGCGGUUGGCUACCAGCCAGAGUACAGCAAGUUCUGCCGCAUGAGCUACCAGGACCCGGCGCAGCUCCAUUACCUGCCUUACCUGGAGCACGUCGGCCACAACCACACCUACAACAUGGCCCCGGGCGCCCUGGACCCCGAGGAGCCCAAAGCGCCCGGCGCCGGCAAGAAGAGCGGCAAGGAGAAACCCUCGGAGCUGCUGGACAAGCAGCUGAGCCGCGACGAGCACCGCGCCAGGGCCAUGAAGAUCCCCUUCACCAACGACAAGAUCAUCAACCUGCCCGUGGAGGAGUUCAACGAGCUCCUGUCCAAGUACCAGCUGAGCGAGGCGCAGCUCAGCCUCAUCCGCGACAUCCGCCGGCGCGGCAAGAACAAGAUGGCCGCGCAGAACUGCCGCAAGAGGAAACUGGACACCAUCCUCAACCUGGAGCGCGACGUGGAGGAGCUGCAACGCGACAAAUCCAAACUGCUCAGGGAGAAGGUGGAGUUCCUCAAAUCCAUCCGGCAGAUGAAGCAGAAGGUGCAGAGCCUGUACCAGGAGGUGUUCGGGCGGCUGCGGGACGAGCAGGGCCGGCCCUACUCGCCGAGCCGCUACGCGCUGCAGUACGGCAGCGACGGCAGCGUGCUGCUGAUCCCCCGCGCGCCCGCGCCCGCCGAGCCGCAGCCGCGGCGCCAGGAGCGCAAGCAGAAGGACAGGAGGAAGUGAAGGCGGCGGCGGAAGGGAGAGCUGGGAUGAGGGCCGAGCCUGGAAGCGCUUGCGGAGGGAACUUUGAUGCCUUCUUAUCCGAUUCUGUCUUCUCGAAGCGGCGCCGCCGCCGCCGCCGCCGCCGGGGACUCUGCGGGAGCGGCCGUCCCGGAAUAAAAAAAAGGGGGGGACGGAGCCUUCGCCCCCCUCCAAGCCCAGCUGCCACCGCCCAGCCCCGAGGUGCUGGGAGAGCAGGGACGAGCUGGCAUCGCUGCUGGGGAGGUUGGCACGAGGUGGAUAAAACAAAAACAAAAAAAAAAAAAAUAACAAACUACUGUUAGGAACUGGCUUUAAAUAAGAGAAAAAAACAAAAAAAAAACCCACAAAAAAAAAAUCCCAAGAAAACAACAAAAGAAAAAGAGAUUUAAGCGAAGGGACUUCAAACCAAGUUAUAGGAGAGACGUUUUUCUGAACUUCCAAAGUUCUGUGAUUUCAGGUAGUUGGUUGUUUUUAUUUUAUUUUAUUCCCUUUUCCUUUUUUUUUUUUUUUUUGCUGGUUCUUUUUUGGUUUUGUUUUUCUUUUUUUUCCCUUUUUAUUAUUUUUAGUUUUUGUUCUUUUUUCCUUUUAUCCCGACCCCGUUUUUGGCGCCGUCGAGAGAUUCCGGAUUUCUCCUUCCCUCGAGCACCCGAGAUCACAGCAGGGCACACACGUGGAGAGACACAAAAAAAAGUGGAAAGACACCAAAAAAAAGUGGAAAGACACAAAAAAAAAGUGGAGAGACACAAAAAAAAGCAACUUUCAUUAACCCCUUCCUGCCCGAGGAAGCUCAAACCUCGGAGGGGGAGGAAAAAAAAGCGACAAAACCAUCCAGGAAAGGAAAAUUUAAAAAUAAAAGAGAAAAGAUGACGAGCAGGGAAAUCCACGGAGCUUUGGGAAGAGGGGGAUUCUCAAGGAUCCCGGGAAAGGCUCCAUUUCCUGGGAAUUCCGGGAGGAAUUUGGGGUCAGGAAGGGCGCGAGGGCGGUGACCUCGCGGUGUCACCUCCAGCGUUUUUCACGGGGGGGGAAAAGCGGUUCCAACCUUGAUUUUAUUUUAUUAUUUUUUGCCCUCCACCCCCUUUUAGGGUCUAGAAGUGCUUGUGUUAAGUAAAAAAAAAACCCUAAAAAACCCCCCAAAAACCUAAAAAAACCCCUAAAAAACCUAAAAAAAAAACCUAAAAAAAUACCUUUAAAAAGAAAAACACCAAAAAAAAAAAAGAAAAAGGGAGAAGCCCAAAGGUUGAAAGCUGCUCAAUGUUCUCUUUGCCAUAAAGAUUCCGUGUAACCGUGUGAUCACAUUAUAGGAUUCUCUUCUGUCCCCUGAGGUGUUGGUCUGAAUUCCUGUUUUUGUUUUUUAUUCUUCAGGAGGGGGGUGGGGGUAGUGCCUUGAUCACUGUUCAGGUCUCCACACCUCGGAGAUCAUCCUAGAGCUGGAGUUCCAUAUAGCACAGCUGGGAGUGUUCUGACUUUACCAGCAACCAGAGAAAAAAAAAAAAAGAAAAAAAUGAAAAUAAA